AAAUUUGUUUCUCAACCAGUCGAGGAAUCUGAACCAGUCGAUGAAUCUGAAUCAUUCGAUGAAUAUGAAUCAGUCGAUGAAUAUGAAUCAUUCGAUGAACCUGAACCAGUCGAUGAACGAAACGAGGAUGGAGAUAAUGGUAGACAGACCACGUCAGUUGUUCUUCAAAAACUUGUGUUCAUUGUGGACGAGGAUGAAAAACCAGGAAAUGCAGAAGAUCCCGGAAAUGAGACAGUUGCAGAUGCAUCUAAACCAGCUAAGGAUGGGCCCAACGAAUUAGCCAUUUCUUCAAAGAUGACAAUUCCACACAGAAGAGAUGGCGUUGUUUUCAUGGGUAUUUUGGGAACAUACCGUCUCGUACCAGUAGUGCGGCUGAAUCCAUCUCUCUCUAGUGAAGAUGAGAUAGAAAAUGAGAGGAAGCUACUAUGUGAAUCAGACACACAUGCUAAUAUCAUUAGGUACUAUGGAUUGAAGAAAGUGGACAAUUUCUCCUAUCUGUGCCUAGAAAGGUGGGUGUGCUGUUUAGAUGAUUUGACACGCUUUGCUAAGAAAAAGUUGCAAGAAGAACCGGAUUCACUAGAUGAGAUAAUAGAUGGUCAGUUGUGGACAGAGAUUGGAAUUCCUGCACCUUUGAUGAUACAACUUAUGAGGAACGUAGUUUCUGCAGUGAAUCAUUUGCAUAGCAAGCAAAUAAUUCACCGCAAUCUGACGCCGGAAAAUGUUCUUAUAUGCAAGGAGGGGAAGAAAAUUGUUGCAAAACUGUCUGGUCUAGGCAAAAGCGCAGAGAUUGGAUUAACUUCCAAAAGUAAGUGUUUGAUCAAACAUUUUAGGUUUUAAUUUUCUUUUUUUUUUGUUAUAAAAUUAUAUUUACACAUUGCAGAUUUUGGAGAUGCCAAUUGGCGAGCACCGGAGCAAUUGAAGAAUAGUAAGGAAUCUGAUUCUACUAACUUGUUUCAGCUGGGAUGCAUAUUAUUCUAUGCGUUUACUGGGCAUCAUCCGUAUGGAGAUGAGAAGGUCCGUGGAAACAAUAUUCGACAAAGCUCGAGAGUGAAAGUGAUUACCUCUCUCUUAAAGAAUUGUGAAGCUGCAUGUCUCAUCACCAAUCUGCUGGAGCGGAAUCAAGGUAGUUGCAGUAUUACUGCUUCCGACGCGGUUCAACAUCCCUUUUUCUGGGAUUCUGACAGGAGACGCAACUUCUUGAGAGACUCCACUGAGUACAUAAUGAAUCUGGAUGCUUCUGCUCAAGUCAUAAAGGACCUGCAUGCAAGAGUAGGGUGGAAUUAUGCUGGUUGGAAUAAACUCCUGGAUGCGGAUCUUGUCAGUCACAUGGUGGCCAUGGGCGGUAAUUACAAUUACAACUACGUAAAAGACUUGCUAAGGUUCAUUAGAAACGUGAUUUCUCACUACAGAGAGUUUCCAUCUGAAAUCCAGGUUUGUCUUUCUCCUUAUCUCAUUUUGACAUUGUCAGAAACACAAACUAAGUUUAGAAACUUUAUCAGUCGAUGAACCUGAAUCAGUCGAUGAACCUGAACCAGUC